GCUAGCUGCAAUGGAAGACAAAUCCUUCACUAAAGAACUAGACCAAUGGAUCGAGCAGCUAAACGAGUGUAAGCAGCUAUCGGAGAACCAAGUCAGGACACUCUGCGAGAAGGCGAAGGAGAUUCUGACCAAGGAGUCCAACGUCCAGGAGGUGCGAUGCCCGGUGACGGUGUGCGGAGACGUCCACGGUCAGUUCCACGACCUGAUGGAGCUGUUUAAGAUCGGAGGAAAGUCUCCCGACACCAACUACCUGUUCAUGGGAGACUACGUAGACAGAGGAUACUACUCUGUGGAGACGGUCACGCUGCUCGUCACGCUAAAGGUCCGUUUCCAGGAGCGGAUCACCAUCCUCCGAGGGAACCACGAGUCGCGGCAGAUCACGCAGGUGUACGGUUUCUACGACGAGUGUCUGAGGAAGUACGGCAACGCCAACGUCUGGAAGUACUUCACAGACCUGUUCGACUAUCUGCCGCUCACCGCGCUGGUCGACGGACAGAUCUUCUGUCUCCACGGUGGAUUGUCUCCCUCCAUAGAUACUCUGGAUCACAUACGAGCUCUGGACCGUCUGCAGGAAGUCCCACAUGAGGGCCCCAUGUGUGACCUGCUGUGGUCCGACCCUGAUGACCGUGGUGGGUGGGGUAUCUCCCCCCGAGGUGCAGGAUACACCUUCGGACAGGACAUCUCCGAAACCUUCAACCACGCCAACGGCCUCACCCUGGUGUCCCGCGCCCAUCAGCUCGUCAUGGAGGGUUAUAACUGGGGCCAUGAUAAGAACGUGGUGACCAUCUUCAGUGCUCCAAACUACUGCUACCGCUGUGGAAACCAGGCAGCCAUCAUGGAACUGGACGACACCCUUAAAUACUCUUUCCUUCAGUUCGAUCCCGCCCCGCGCCGCGGCGAGCCCCACGUGACCAGACGCACUCCCGACUACUUCCUGUGAAUGUUCAAAAUAAAAGCCAUCCCUGUUCAACGACAAAAAAAAAAAAAAUCAUCCACGAAGCUCCAACACAACCUUCCUCCUCCACCUCUUCCUCUUCUUCCUCCUCUUCUUCUUCUUCUUCCUCUCCUCCACCCCUCCUCCCUCUUCCUCUUCCUCCCUCCUUCCUCCUCUUCUUCAUUUUGGAUGGAAAGAUAUUAACAAUAAUAAUUAAAAACACUGUACAAGGGAGAUAAAAAGCAGAGAAACACACAUGAGACACAGAAUUGGCUGAUUUACGAGAUUUUAAAGGAUUUAAAAAAAAAAAAUGGAGAAACUUAAAAAAACGGAGCGGCCCCCUCUUACAGUCGUGUUUUCAGUAUGCUGUCAUCAUCAUCAUUAUUAAUAUGAGAAGAAAAAAAAACACGUACAACUACGAUCUGUUUCUUUCUUUAUUUCUUUAUUCUUCUUUUUUUCUUUUUUUUUUGUUUAUUACAUGUUUGAAAACGAGAUAAUAAAACUACCAACGUGGACCAAAUGUGCCAUAUUCUGAUCCUUUUACAACAUGUACGACGAGCAAAACGCUUCUUCUUCUUCUUCUUCAUUUUUUCGUGUUUUUUCUUUAAUUAAAUUUUUUUUUUUUUUUUUUUUUUUUUUUUAAGGCUAGCAUUAUAUUUAGAAACAACCCUACUUCCUACUUCCUGAUGACAUCACCAACCAACCAACCAAUCACACCACACAACACAACACAUCUCAUUC